AUGCCACGGCGUCGGGACCAGCCGGGUCCUGGGCACUACGAGAUCCCACACUUCCUGUCCCAAAGUACGAGAGGAGCCAGCCUGAAGAUUGGCAGCCGUGUGGGGAACCAGUCGGAGCUGUUCCCUGGGCCAACGGAUUAUGUGGCGCCACCAUUGUGCCCAACCGAAAAACGCUCAAGGCACAUUAGGUUUGGCACGGCCAAGCGCUUUGGGAGGACAGGGGAGGACACGCCGGGACCUUGCCAGUACACCCCUCACAAUCCGACAGCAACAUCAGAGCGCCGAAGUAUCGGUGAGAAAACUUACAUGAAGCUGCCUGGUGUGGGGGAUGCGACACCUGGGCCUGGGACUUACACUCCAGCGAAGGCGCCACAGCGAAGCCCAGGGACGGCCUUCUAUCGAGGCUCCCCGAGGUCUGGCAUGGCUGUUUCGAUAGAGGGUCCGGGCCCUGCAGCAUACAACACGGAGAAGGAGGCGAGGCAAGCGGCCAACAGCAACGGCUUUGGCUAUGGGCCUCGACUACACUCACUGUCUGACGACAGUAUGCCCGGUCCUGGAUCCUAUAGCUGGGACCUGAAGCCUUAUGGUCCCAAGAUAAGUAUGACCCCCAGACGGGAGUAUGACGUGUGA